AUGAAAAAUUCUGCCCUGUGGCGCAUCGCGGUCGCCCUGCUGCUGCCAUGCCUGGUGUCUCGAACGAGAUGCUACGUGAAUAACGACGUGGUUAAGUUCGGGGAGGAAAAUUCUUUGAAUUGCCCCGAGGGAAGUCUGUACAUCCUGCACUGUGAAGUCCAAUGUAUGAACGCGAAGAAGCGAAUCAUCCACAGGAGUUGUAUGGCUGAGGUGGAAGCCAAGUGCAUGGGACACAGCACAUGCAAAUAUUAUUUCGAAUAUGUAUUGAAGAGCAAAGCCCAGAGUCUGCGAAAUCAAAACGAAAUAAAAUUUGAAGAGUGUGUUGAAUCUGAAAAAAAUGAAAUAAAAACAUCUACGACAUGUCUUUUGAGUAACUCCUUUUUCUUAGAGGAAAAUUAUAUUCAAUAUUUUUUUUUUAUUAAAAACAAAAAUGAAGAACCAAUCACGUGCAAGGAUGGAAACGUACAAGUAAAGAGUGCCCUUUUACACUCUCCCUUUUGUAAAAUUAAUUUAAAAGAUGUUACAGAAGUGUUGAAAAGGCAAUGCGAUAAUAAUAAGGAGUGUCUAAUCAACCCUUAUGUUUUACAAAAGGAUACCCUGAAUGAGAAGGACCAAUGCUACAUUAACAACUCGUACAUCUCGCUGAAUGUGGUUUGUACAAGGGAAGGGGAAGGGAUGUCUGAAGUGACCAUGGAGAAGGGAAAAGGUCGUGAUGAGAUGGGAGAAGGAAAUAAUGAUGCGGGUCGUGAUAAAAGUGAAAGUGGGGACAUGUUAAACGACAACGAUGAUGACGACGCGUUGAAUGAGGAGGAUGAACUCAGAGAAGUAAAUGAUGAAGUGAAUGGCAUAAUGCAGAGCGAUGAAACAUUUACAAACAAAAUAAAAAAAGCAAAGACAAUUCUUUUAUCGCAAAUGAACGAACAGGUAGGUAAGAAAAAUGCCAUUUUUAAAUUAUUAGGAGAGGAAAUUUCAAAAAUGCUUAUGAACAAAUAUGAACCAUCUGAUCUCAAGGAUCUGCUCGAGGACAGGUACAAUGAAAUGAAAAGAAGCUUAGACCAGGAUCUGUAUUACAUUUAUUUAUUAGAAACACUGAAUAUUAACAAAAUGGAUGAUGUCGAUAUAACAAGUCUUCAGGAUAAUCUUGCGAAUGUGUUGAAGGAACAAAUGGAACAACUUAAACAAGUGGAAAACAGUAUUAAUUGGUUAAGGAAGAAAUAUCUCUUCAUAUAUAAUGAAGCAAAGAGUAAAGACAUGAAAGACAUGUUCGAUACAAAUGUCGAUCCUGUGUUGACGUAUGAAGACUUUGCUCAUGGAAAUGGGUUAAUCUCGGCAGAUAUUUUUUUUAAGUACAAGCCAAAUAUUCAGGCACUCCAGUUUAACAAAGCCAACCCAAGUGAUACGGAAAAAGGGGUUGAAGAAGAAGAAGAAGAAAAAAAAAAAAAAAAAAAAGAGUACAAAGACUUAUUGGAGAUUGACACACUGGAUGAUUACAACAGGAAGAAUAGAAUCGUCGAUAUGAGAAAUGGCUUGGUAGAAAAUUUAAAAAAGCUGUAUUAUGAAAAAAAUGCUAUUUUUAACAAUUUAGCUAGCUGUAUCAAAUCCUACUGCUAUAAGAACCCACUGAACCUGAACAUGUUGAGCCAUGCGCUUAAGAGUAAUUUCGAACAUUUGAAGGAGGAGAAAAUUACCGACCCUGUGGAGGGUAUUGUCAAGUAUUUGGAUAAUGUGGGCGUGAAGAGGGACUCGCCCGCGGGUACUUCCCCCCAGGUAGAAGGAGCUGUUGGUGACGAAGCAGCUACCGACGGAGCGGCUGCGGAAGGGGACACUACCAACGAAGCGACUACCGAAGGGGCAAUUGCCGAGGUCACCCCUCUGUGGGAGAAGAACAAGCGCAUCCUGCAAAAGCUCCAUGCCUUGCUGCACCUGGGAUACCACCAGGCCUACGAAAAGGAACUUCAAAUCGACGAGAGGGUAGAAAAAUACACCGCGUUGAAUGAAAAGGCUAAGGAGUACAACCUAAGUCACCUCUUCAAUGAGAGCGACAAGGUGUUGAAGAAGGUCGCUCUCCUCACCAGCGCCAACGAGGAAGACGGGCAGGUCUUCGGACACCAGGCCUCCUCAUUCGAUGUAUACAAAGAGGAGGAUGCAGUAAGUGUGAAGAGUGGCGAGACCAGUAAGAAGGGCCACGUCACAAGUGACAAUGCCGCGGGGCAAUAUGCUCAUUCAAAGAUGAACAAAAAAGAAGAACAGGGAAAGGGGAGCAAUACUGAUGAAGAGGAAGAUGAUAUGAAUUACUCCGAUGAAGGAUACGAGAGCGACGAAGAGGACGCAAAUAAUAAGCUGGGCGAGACGGACAAGGGGGAGGAACAGAAGAUGGAAACAGAUGAACACACAGAUGGUGUACAUCCCGCAAGUAAGAAAGGUGGUGACAAGAAUGGAGCCCUCGACCAUGCGGGAAGAAAUGAUGAGGAUGGCGAAGAGGACGACGACGAGGAAGAAGCAGCUCAUAAAGCCGAUAAGGAUACUAACCCCCCUGGACAAGUGGCCAAGCCUGCCGAGGCGGAUCAGAAUGAUGUCCCGGUCAAAGGCGAAGAUAGCGACGGUGCAGCGAAAGCGGAGGAGCAACCCACAGGAGAAGCAGUGGUGAAAGGCAACUCGGAAGGAGCCAUAUCGGCCCUGGACACUGAACAGAAGGGUCAUGAUGGAGGAUCCUUGUUCCAGGGCCUGAGCAAACUCUUCCUAACCGUAUUGCCCAUCCUAUCGUUCGAGUUCCUCCUUUAA